AUGAAGCUCUCCUUCUCCCUCACCAAUAAGUCCAAGCCAGCGGGGGCAGCUCCUCCACUCAAGCCACCUUCCGCGUUCGCCAGUCUUGACGAUGAUGUGGACGCAGCCCCAACUGCUUCUGCUGAUGGGAAGGCCUCAGUCAACAAGAAGCUGGUAGCCCAGAAUGUAGGCACCUCCAAAGCCACUAGGAAGAAGAUGGAGCAGGAGCAGAAACUGGACUCCUCUGUUUUCGAGUAUGAUGAAGUGUACGAGAAAAUGCAGGAGGCUAAGGCCAGACAGAAGCUGGCUAAGGAAGCCGAGGCCAAAGAGCGUAAACCUAAAUACAUUGCAGGGCUACUCCAAUCGGCUGCGACCAGGCGCUUGGACCACUUACGCGCGGAAGAGAAGAUGAUUCAGAGGGAGCGGGAGAUGGAAGGCGACGAGUUCAAAGACAAAGAAGCAUUCGUUACCCAAGCUUACAAAGACCAAUUGGCAGAAGUCCGGAGAGCGGAAGAGGAAGAGAAACGGCGCGAAGAGGAAGAGAAGAAGAAGAACAAGGGCCUGACCACGGGCAUGGUCCAUUUCUAUCGGCAAUUGCUCGAAGAGUCGGAAAAAGAACAUGAAGAAACUAUUGCAGCUGUGAAUGCUGAACAGACUCAGAAAGUCGCCGGACCCUCCAUGCCGAAUCUAACAAUCUCGAAGCCCGCAGACUAUGUGCCGAAGUCUGAUGUCGAACUGGCCAAGCUAGCGAGUGCAGAAGGGAAACAGGUGGAAUUGAACGACGAUAAUCAGAUAGUGGACAAGCGUGAACUACUAUCCGCGGGAUUGAACCUAUCUCUGCCGAAUACCAGACGGCUUGGGUUGAAAACAUCCACAUCGCAGAAGAAGGAUGCGAACGGGAAUGAUGUGCAGGUCCACACUGCCGUUGGUACCGCUGCAAGUCGAAGGGAGAUCGACGAGCGGCGGCGGAGGGAGGUCCUGAAACAGAUGGAAGAGGAGCGCGAACGGAUGGCAAGAGAGAAGGAGCAAAAGGAGAAGGAGGCGACUGCCCGAAUCGCAGCCAAGCGGAAUAAUGAAGAGUCCGUGCAAAGUGCGAGGGAAAGAUACCUGGCCAGGAAAAGACAGAGAUUGGAGCAGCAGAGUCAAAGUUCGCCGCCGCCCGAGGGCUCCUAGCCCGAAUGAAAGUCAUUGGAGUAGGAUCAGUGGGACCGUAGUAUAGCGACUGUAUUGUAUAGGAACAUGUAUUAAUUCAUGGUAUCCGAGCGAUAUCAC